GGGUGUGGUGGCAAAGGCUUUUAAGCACCACUUUGGAGGCUGAGGCAGGAGGGUCACCAGGAGCUCCGUGGUGCGCUGAGCUGCGUAGUCCAGGCCAGCCUGAAGUCCAGCACCUUGAAGCCUGCUGCCCUCCCCAAGGACCACUGGUCCUGUGCCGGCCCAGGGCUCUGUGCUGCUGCCCCCUGGGCUUUGUGCUGCCCAGUGCUGUUUACUGUCCCGAGGGACGGUCCCUCAAGGCCAGCUGUGUGCCAGUGCAGCCGGGCUGAGCUGUAUCUAAGGAGAGCAGAGAUAGAUAUAUGGCCAGGGCGAGACAGAAAGCCCUUUGAGAAGGUCGCCUCCCACCUGCCAGGCCCUGGAGGUGCACCAGGCCCUGUCGCCAAGGCCACGUCCAGGGGAGAUAGGGGCCUCCUUCCCCCAAACAUUCCACCCUGGCCAUAUAAGCCAUAGUCAGACUGCCAGGCCCCCCAGCACCCAUCAUGCAGGGGCCACUUCUUGCCCAGCUGCCCCUUGUGCUGCUCUCCCUGGGAGCCGUGCUGGGGACCGAGACCCCUGGAGAAGAUCCAGCUGCUGGCACCGGGGGCCUCAUCUUCCCAGAGGACCAAGUCUGGCCGCCAGGUGGCCCAAAGGACCCCUGGUGCCUGGUGACCCUGAGCAGUUCCAGCAACAGCAGCGGGGCGCCCCUGCAGGUGGUGGGAGGCCUGAGCAGCUACGAACGGGCCUUCCUGGAGGCUGUGUGGGGCGCCCGGUGGGGCCCCCGCGACCUGGCCACCUUCGGGGUCUGCAGCCCUGGCCACAGCAGAGCGCUGCCUGCUCUGCAGCACCUGGGGGCCUGGCUUCGGGAGCCAGGGGGGCGGCAGCUGCUGGUCCUGCACCUGGCGGAAGUGACGUGGGACCCGACUCCCUUGCUGAGGUUCCAGGAGCCCCCCCUUGGUGCGGCCAACCUCCCGGAGCAGGCAGUGCUGGUGCUGUACCCUGGGCCUGGCCCCGAGGUCACUGUCACUGGGGCUGAGCUGCUGGCUGCCCAGAGCCUCUGCCCGACCGCAGACACCCGCUAUCUGGUGCUGGUUGUGGACCGCCCGGAGAGGGCCUGGCUUGGCGCAGGACUCGCCCUGACCUUGCAGCCUCACGGAGACGGUGCCACCCUGAGCACCGCCCAGCUGCAGACCCUGAUGUUUGGGUCCGAUCCCCGUUGCUUCACUCGGAUGACCCCUGCCCUCCUCCUGCUGCCACAGUCCGAACCUGUGCUCCUACCCGCGCGCGGCCAGCUGGACACAGUGUCCUUCCCACCACCCAGGCCUUCUCUGGAUACCGUGGAGCUGCUGCCCAGCGCAGACCCCUUUCUGCAGACUCUCACGCGCCUGGUGCGCGCGCUGCGGGGCUCCCCAGCCCGGGCCUCUCCAAUGCGCCUGGCUCUGGACACGGGCGCGCUGGCCAGUUUCCCGCAGGGCCUGGUCAACCUGUCUGACCCUGCAGCCCUGGAGCGUCUACUAGAGGUGGACGAGCCUUUCCUACUACUGACGCCGCCCGCUGCGGCCAGUGCCGGGCAGCCGGCACCACUGCGGGGUCCUUCGUCGGUGCCCUGGGCCGCAGGUUUGGCGCACCGCGUGGCCGUGGAGCUGCAAGCCGCGGCCGCGGAGUUGCGCGGCCUCCCGGGGCUACCGCCCGCUGCACCCCCGCUGCUCACGCGCCUGCUCGCGCUGUGCCCGGGUGACCCCAGCGACCCCGGCAGUCCCCCUGCAGACCCGCUGCGCGCCCUGCUGCUGCUCAAGGCGCUGCAGAGCCUACGCAGGGAGUGGCGCGGGCGGGACACGCGCGGGGCGGCCCGGGCACAGCGCAGCGCCUCCGCGGAGGGGCCGUGCGCGCUGCGCGAGCUAAGCGUGGACCUGCGCGCCGAGCGCUCCGUGCUCAUCCCGGAGACCUACCAGGCCAACAACUGCCAGGGCGCCUGCGGCUGGCCGCAGUCCGACCGCAGCCCGCACUACGGCAACCACGUGGUGCUGCUGCUGAAGAUGCAGGCGCGCGGGGCCAUCCUGGCGCGCGCGCCCUGCUGCGUGCCCACGGCCUACGCGGGCAAACUCCUGAUCAGCCUGGCUGAGGACCGCAUCAGCGCGCACCACGUGCCCAACAUGGUGGCCACCGAGUGCGGCUGCCGGUGACCCCGCCGCCGCGGCUGCGGAGCCCGUCCUAUAUUUAUUCAGACCCCGGCAGUGUCCCAAUAAAGCCUGGGCGCACCCA